AUGGUGUCGGGGCUGGCCACAACACUCACUCCUGAAUUUUCUGGGUUCCCUUACCCUGGACCUAAUUUAUUUCUUUCCAGCGCCAACGCAGAUAUAACUCCAAUAUUAAAAGAGCUUCACGGACGCAAAGACUUAGAGCUGAUACUCAUUGAUCUGCUGAACGGCCUCACCAGAAAACAUGACGUCACGUGCUUCGCUUUCAUUUGCGAUCCAAUCUACUUGAAUGUGUUUAAUGGAGCCCUGUUUAGACGGACGUUCGCUGUUCCUUAUGUCAUGACAGUAGUAGAAGAAUACGAAGACUUGUUAUCGCCAAAUUUUGACACUCUGGAGUCCUUGCGAGAGGUCAGGAGGGAUGGUUGCAACGUGUAUGUCAUUCUGCUGGCGAAUGGUCUGCAGACAACCAGGUUGCUACGGUUUGGUGAUAGGCACCGAAUCCUAGACACCAGAGCAAAAUACAUCCUCCUUCACGACUUCAGGCUAUUCCACAGUGACCUUCACUACAUAUGGAAACGGAUCGUCAAUGUGGUAUUCCUUAAACACUAUAAGAAGAUCAGUGGAAGUGCCAAGGGCAAAGCCUGGUUUGACCUCUCCACUGUCCCCUUUCCGAACCCAAUUAGAGGUGUGUUUGUACCAAGAAGAGUAGACAUUUGGAAGGACAGCAGGUUCCACUACAACAGGCCCUUGUUUGCUGAUAAAACGACGAAUCUGAAGAACGAAGUUCUGAAUGUGGUCUACUUGGACCACGUUCCCUCUGUAGUGGUUAUGAAAUCCAAUGAGACGAGCAAGAUUGGUGGCAUUGAGAUUGAGAUCCUAAACACUAUAGCCAAAAAGAUGAACUUCGACCCAAAACUGUACCAACCGGACAACUUGGAACUGCACAAAUGGGGCCAGAAGCAAGCCAACGGGUCAUUCUCUGGUCUCCUUGGUGAAAUGGUCAACGGCCAUGCCGAUGUGGCAUUGGGAAAUCUGCAGUAUACUCCUUACCAUCUGGAGCUGACCGACUUAAGUAUCCCGUAUACAUCGCAAUGCUGGACUUUCCUGACUCCUGAAGCUUUGACUGAUAAUUCUUGGAAGACUUUGAUUUUGCCGUUCAAAUUGUACAUGUGGAUAGCCGUGUUACUGGUGCUUUUGAUAACGGGCGCAAUAUUCUACGGAUUAGCAAGGUUUUAUAUGAAUUUGCAAGUAUUCAAAAAUGAUCACAGAAAUCAAAACAAAAUAGGAAUCAAAGAACAAGUGAAGGAUGAAGUUAUUGACCCGAAGCCUGGCCUGUACCUGUUUGGAGAGAUAAUUAACAGCAUACUUUAUACCUAUGGAAUGUUACUUGUUGUGUCUCUGCCUAAACUACCGACUGGUUGGUCGAUAAGAUUACUCACAGGAUGGUAUUGGUUGUACUGUAUACUUUUAGUGGUCUCCUAUAGAGCAAGUAUGACGGCCAUUCUAGCUAACCCAGUGCCAAGAGUGACGAUUGAUACCCUGAAAGAACUAGUAGACAGCAAGUUGACUUGCGGCGGAUGGGGAACGGAGACCAAGAAGUUUUUUGAAGAUUCCUUAGACGACAUUGGCCAGAAGAUCGGCGAAAGAUUCGAAACAAUCGACGACCCAUUUCUGGCGGCCAGGAAAGUCGCACUAGGAACGUAUGCGUAUUACGAUAACUCAAAUUUUUUGAAGUAUAUCAGUGUGAAGAGAAAGAAUAUUUUCAUGGAUAUGAAAGAAUUUGAAAAUUCAACCGUGAAUUCUACUGAGAAUAUUCAAAGUAGCACUGACGAGAGAAAUCUGCAUAUAAUGUCAGAUUGUGUCGUCAACAUACCGAUAUCGAUUGGGUUUCAUAAGAACUCGCCACUGAAGCCAUUGGCAGACUUGUAUUUGAGACGAAUUGUUGAAGUGGGUUUAGUAGAAAAAUGGUUGAAUGAUGCAAUGCACACCAUCAGGACUUUAGACACUAGUGAGGAAGAAAUAAAGGCUCUGAUGAACUUGAAAAAGCUGUAUGGAGCUUUCGUAGCUUUAGGUAUAGGAUAUUUCUUAAGCACAAUUUGCCUUAUAGGUGAACUAAUACACUGGCAUUUGAUUGUCAAAAGGGACCCAAAAUUCGACAAGUACGCCCUAGACAUCUACUACAUGAACAAGAAUAAAAAACAGUAGUACAAUUAAACAAUGUAUUAAAACUAAUAAAAUUAUUUAUGCUAGUUAUAACAUGAUUGUCUUUGAAUGAAAUAAAUUAUCUAAAAUUGUUCAGUCACUUUUUUCAAGUCUUUGU